AUGUCACUGGUUCCUAAGCUGAGUGAAGUUGAAGAACUAAUCUUAAGGAAAAAAAUUCAGGUCUGCUGCAUUACAGAAACCUGGCUGAAAGACCACAUCAGCGACACAUUUGUAAACAUUGAAGGAUAUAACAUCACACGGAACGACCGAUCAUCUCACGAGCAUGGAGGAGUCUGUGUAUACGUCAAGGAGGACGUCAAAUAUGAAAUUCCCGAGAAGUUACGUUGCUGUAACGACCAUGAAAUAAUCUGGCUCAAAUUAGAUCCAUCACGCUCUCCCCGCGGUUUUUCUUGCAUCUUGCUGGCCGUCGUUUACUACCCAGGCCGUAACAGUCCAGCAGAAUCCGACAGUCAGAAUUUGCUCAACCAUCUAUUUGACAGUUUGAAAUCCGCCGAAUCUUUGUAUCCAAAUUGUGGAAUUAUUGUCACUGGCGAUUUUAACCGUCUUGAUAUGUGCCAUUUGCGGAACCAUUUUAAUUUAAAGCGGCUUGUUAAAUUCCCCACAAGAGGCCAGGCCACGCUUGAUCUAAUACUAACAAACAUGGGCAAUCACUUCUCAACGCCCGAGAGCUUUCCCCCCUUUGGUCUGUCAGACCAUAGCACAGUCAUCGUAAAGCCGAAGGAAAGGAUACUGAACUAA